AUCUCAUUUCUCUUCAUCAUACAAUAUACAAUAUAUGCAGCAUCAUUUGCAUAGUACUUGCCUAUUCAAUAUUCCAAAUUCAGUCCGACUAAUUCAGAUUCAUAUCGCAUCGACUCACAAAAUGAAUAUAGCCCUUUACCCAUAGUUUCUCGAUCUCUUUGAGUUUCAAUUCAAAACCUCAAGUUAAGAACGGAAGAACCUCAUCCAUCUCAUCCCACUACAGUCUUUCAUGGUCGAAUUAAUUCAAAUUCACAUCUCGUAGCCUCAAAAGGGAGAAAUAACUCCUUACCCCUAAUUUCUCAAUUUUCUGAAUUUCAACCCAAAACCUCUACUUAAGGACUUAAGAUACUCAUACAUCUUUUCUUUAUAACCUUAUUAUCGAGAGCCGACUUGCAUACACCUCAACUAACUCCACGAAAUAUCUAUCACCUCCCACCAGCAACAGAUAGCCUCACACAUCUCAUCCCACUACUUGGUCUUGAGGUUACAUAGCUAAAGAACAUUUUGUUUUAAUCAAGAUGAGUAACCUUUUCACCAAGAUUUAUCCACCCUCUAUCACAAUAAAUCACCAAAAGCUUCAACAAAAUUCUAGUACAAUAAGAUGUUGUUCCAACUCCAAUCAUGAUGAACAUUCUAGUACAGAACACAAUGGUUGGAUACUUAAUGGUUUCCCAGAAAAGAACCUAGUACAACAUCAACAUGGCAUGGUAAAACCACCUAGACCAAAAAGAAUCAUUCUUGUUAGACAUGGAGAAAGUGAAGGAAACGUUGAUGAAAGUGUCUACACAAGAGUGGCUGAUCCUAAAGUUGGAUUAACCGAAAAAGGCGUAAUCGAAGCAGAGGAAUGUGGAAGGAAAAUGAGAGAAAUGAUUGAGAAAAAUGAUGGCAAUGAUGAUUGGAAAGUAUAUUUCUAUGUUUCACCUUAUAAAAGAGGAAUUGAAACAUUGAGAAAUUUGGCUAAGUCUUUUGAACGUUCAAGAAUCGCUGGUGUUAGAGAAGAGCCACGUUUGAGAGAACAAGAUUUUGGAAAUUUUCAGGACAGAGAACAAAUGAAGAUAGAGAAAGCUGUUCGAGCUCGUUAUGGUCGUUUCUUUUAUAGGUUUCCUAAUGGAGAAUCAGCAGCAGAUGUUUAUGACAGAAUCACAGGGUUCAGGGAAACACUUAGAAGUGAUAUUGACAUAGGAAGAUUUGAACCACCUGGUCAACAGAGUCCAAAUAUGAACCUUGUUAUAGUUUCACAUGGACUUACACUAAGGGUGUUUUUGAUGAGAUGGUAUAAAUGGACUGUUGAGCAAUUUGAAGGAUUACAUAAUAUGACUAAUGGUGGCAUGAUUGUCAUGGAAAGAGGCUAUGGUGGAAGGUAUUGUUUGUCAAUGCAUCAUACAAAGGAGGAGUUACAGAAAUUUGGAAUGACUGAUGAGAUGUUAAUUGACCAAGAAUGGCAAAAGAUAGCCAAGCCAGGUGAACUAAACUAUGAUUGCUUGAUUACUGGACCAUCUUACUUUACUCAUUUUGAUGAUGAUGACAAGAUUUUUGAGUUGUAAUUUGACUCAUAUACACCGACGGUGUAAAAGAAUUUUUCACACUACCAACGUAGUUUUACCUGUUGUAACUAGACAUCGAACAUUUUACCAUGUUAAAAACAGGCUAUCAAUCCAUGUUUCCUGUAAAAAGCUACAUGUAAUUGACUCUGAUAAUUAAACAAUUUUAUGUUUAGUUA